CUUUCCUUUCUUACAAAUGAAGACUACUGGGUACAGCCUGGAGACCAAGUGACAAUGGAGGCAUCUUGUCACGAUUGUUACCUAAGAAUCCAGGGGAUCAGUAUCUUGCAUUUGGAACAUGAAAUGGAAGUUAUAAAAAGUUUUACCAAGAGUAAAGACUUGCUCUCUCUGGGAAAUGAGGCUGAGCUCUGUAGUGCCCUGGCUAACCUUCAGACCAGUAGACCAGAAGCUCCGGAGCAGACCUGUGUGUUAGAGCCCACAGAGAUCGCUUUGCUUAAUAACAUUCCAUAUCAUGAAGGCUUCAGGACAGCAAUGAGGAAGGUGUUGUCUUCACUGGCCCCAGAGACGCCGUGCCAGCCCAUGGAUGCUCACUGUCAGGACAUGGAGACGAACUUGGGGAGUGCACCAAGCACCUCUGACCCUUUCUAUGUGUUGGAUGUGUCUGAAGGCUUCUCUCUUUUGCCUAUACUUGCUGGAACCCUUGGUCAGGUUCAGCCCUACAGUUCUGUGGAGAAAGACCAGCACUGUAUUGCUUUGGACCUCAUAUCUGAAGCCAAUCACUUCCCUAAGGAAACACUUGAGUUUUGGCUGCGACACAUAGAAGAUGAAGCUGCUGUGUUGCAAAGGCCCAAAUCAGACAAGUUAUGGAGUAUAAUUAUACUAGAUGUCAUUGAGCCGUCUGGGCUCAUCCAGCAGGAGAUCAUGGAGAAGGCCGCAAUAUCCAGGUGUUUACUGCAGUCUGGAGGCAAGAUUUUCCCACAGUACGUGCUGAUGUUUGGAAUGCUGGUGGAGUCACAGACGCUGGUAGAAGAGAGUGCUGUUCAAGGAACAGAACACACCCUUGGGUUAAACAUAGCACCGUUUAUUAACCAGUUUCAGGUGCCUAUCCGGGUCUGUUUGGAUUUAUCUUCCUUGCCAUGCAUUCCUUUAAGCCAGCCAGUGGAACUGUUGAGAUUAGAUCUGAUGACUCCAUAUUUGAACACUUCCAAUAGAGAAGUGAAGGUCCGUGUGUGCAGGUCUGGCCGAUUGACCGCGGUUCCAUUUUGGUUUCAUUUGUGCCUGGAUGACGAGGUCAGGUUGGACACCUCAGGUGAAGCGUCCCAUUGGAAGCAGGCUGCAGUGGUCCUGGAUAAUCCCAUCCAAGUACAAGCAGGAGAGGAACUUGUACUUAGUGUUGAGCAUCACAAAAGCAACAUCAGCAUCACAGUGAAGCAGUGAGACCACGGUCACACAGUGAAUGUAAGAGAAUCCUUGGAACCGUCAACCAUGUUGUACGGUGGCAUUAAUAAAACCCAUGGUCAAACUUUUAAAA